AAUCUCGUCUCCCUCGCUGCACCUCUUACCCUCCCUCUGCUAUCGUCAUAAUGGGCUUCACCGAUCUCGACAAGGACUCUGGCCUCAAGGCUCUCAACACCUACCUCGAGGAGCGAUCGUACAUUGAGGGCUACGAGGCCAGCCAGGCCGAUGUUGCCGUCUACGAGGCUGUCAAGAAGGCUCCCGAUGCCAACAAGUACCCCCACGCCGCCCGCUGGUACCACCACAUCUGGUCCAAGUCUCUUGCUGCUCUCCCCGGCAAGAAGCAGGCUGCCUCUGCCUACGGCCCCGGUGGUGCUGUUGCUCGCCCCGCCUCGCCCGUCAAGGCCGUUCCCGCCAAGGCCGCCCCCGCCAAGGCUGCCCCUGCUCCUGCCAAGGAGGAGGAGGAGGAUGAGGACGACAUUGACCUCUUCGGAUCCGACGAUGAUGAUGAGGAGGCCGAGCGCCUCAAGGCCGAGCGUGUCGCCGCCUACGAGGCCAAGAAGGCCGGUGGCAAGCCCAAGCCCGUUGCCAAGUCCAUGGUUAUCCUCGACGUCAAGCCCUGGGAUGACGAGACUGACAUGAAGGAGCUCACCAACAACGUCCUUGCUGUUGAGCAGGAUGGCCUCGUCUGGGGUACCCACAAGCUCGUCGCCGUCGGCUUCGGUAUCAAGAAGCUCCAGAUCACCUGUGUCAUCGAGGAUGACAAGGUCAGCACUGACGAGCUCAUCGACAAGAUUUGCGCCGACGAGGACCACGUCCAGUCCGUCGACAUUGCUGCCUUCAACAAAUUGUAAAUUGCUCUCUGCCAUCCGACUCGCUACUGCGUCCCGACUCCUGGUCUAGCCUCCUCCAUCUUUGUGUAUACAAAAAGGCGUUAGUUGUGCUCCUUGCCCGACGUCAGCUUCCCCACAACAACUGUUUGGCCAAUCGACAGUCCACCCAAAACGAAACGGGACACCCUGUUUUUGAGUCCUGCGUGUCACUUUUCCUGGAUGUGAAUACACACCCACUCACCCGCCA